GAGAAUCGGCUCAACAAGAAGCCCAAUUCUCCGCCUACGAUUGCGUCCGUAUCGAGCAACAACUCAUUUUGAAGUUGUCUGUCAUGUUAAAGUUGCCCUCAAUUUCCUUGCAACCCUAGCAAAUAAGGUGUUGGCAAUCAUGAAUAGCGGUUUAUAUCUGCUUAAUGCGGUUCUCUCUCUCCUCGCAUCGCGAGCCGUUGCGGAAUUGCAGCAUCCUCCAAACGCCCCUCACCAGAGUGCUGCGCCUUUAUUCCCAUCGCUGAUCGACGCAACAUUGGCAGAUCUGUCCACUGGGCUCGAGAAUGGCGCAUUUACAAGCGUGGAUCUUGUUCAAACCUACGUCGCCCGCAUCCAGGAGACAAAUGGCGUCCUUCACGCUGUUACAGAGAUCAAUCCAGAUGCUCUCGCAAUCGCUGCAUCCCUGGAUGCAGCCCGGCGUGAUGGCCAAGUCUUCGGACCAUUGCACGGCAUACCCGUCCUCAUCAAAAACAAUAUUGCUACCUCGGACAAAAUGAACAACACAGCCGGCUCCUACGCCCUGCUCGGUGCAACUGUGCCCUACGAUAGCAGUGUUGCUGCAAAAUUACGCAAAGCCGGGGCGGUCAUCCUAGGAAAGUCCAACCUCAGCCAGUGGUCUGAUGCAAGAAGUGAGAAUAGCAGCAAUGGUUGGUCGGCGCAUGGCGGGCAGACACAAGGUGCAUAUCACCCAGCCCAAGACCCGUGCGGAUCCUCGGCAGGUAGUGGCGUGGCAGCGUCGCUUGGUUUGGCGUGGGCCGCUCUAGGAACCGAGACCUCAGGUUCGAUACAGUGCCCAGCCUGCUACAAUAAUGUCGUUGGAAUCAAGCCUACUGUGGGACUCACCUCGCGACAUCUUGUAAUACCAAUUUCCGAGCAUCAAGACACCGUGGGACCACUUGCGCGGACCGUGGAGGAUGCAGCCUUUCUACUCCAGGCUAUUGUGGGCAGAGACGAAUUUGACAACUACACCGCGGCGAUUCCAUUCGAUUCCGGCUAUUUUCCAGACUAUGUCUCGGCAUGCCAGACUUCCGCGCUGAAUGGGAAGCGUAUUGGGGUGACCCGCAGCGUUAUCGACAUGGAUGAGAUGGGAGUACCUGACGAAGCCACCGAACCCUUGAUGACUGCCUUCAACGGGUCGCUCGAUAUCAUCCGCUCCGCUGGGGCAACAGUCGUGGACGACAUCUUCCUCCCCGGUUGGAAACCUUUCAUGGAGGGCGACUACGCGACAUCGGUUUUGUUUGCUGAUUUCUUCACCGUAAUGCCCCGGUAUCUCUCCCACCUCGAGGCGAACCCGCACAAUAUUUCCUCACUGCGCGACAUCUCAAGGUUCACGCACCGUUACCCGUACGAAGACUAUCCGGCUCGUGACACCGCAAUUUUUGACCGCACCCUUGAGAAAAGCAAGAAUAAUACUGACUAUGACGUCUGGAUGAAUCGCACGCACGCUCUGCGGUUGGCGGGGACCAUGGGCAUCUUGGGCGCGAUGAAGAAUUACUCCCUUGAUGCCAUUGUGUUGCCCACAUAUUUCGCGGCAUACCCGCCAGCAAUUUUAGGUACCCCGGCUGUGACAGUUCCGAUGGGCCGAUAUCCGGACGACAUGCCGAUCGUCAAGAACCGCUUCGGGAAUUUGGUGGGUUUUGGGCCGAAUAUACCCUUUGGCAUUAGUUUCCUGGGAGAGAGUUUCACCGAAGAGAAGUUGAUCGGCAUGGCUUAUGCUUUCGAGCAGAGGACGAUGGUUAGGAAACAAGUGCAUCCGUACCUACAGCCCAAGACGGAAAUUGCAGAUGUCAUCGGAACCCGUUGGCAAGCAAUGGAGUUGGAGCUGUGAAGCUGCUGGGAAUUUUACCCCCUCUGACGUGUCCUUGGGGCGAAAGGCAGCACUCCAUUCUGCCCCAGGGGUAACGCGACUCGUUGGUCGUCGUUCAGUCCGACCUGUCCGUUUUCGAUGCGUUGGAGGCGAUCCCGGUGGAUAACCAAAGCUGAAGGGUGGGGCUGAUGAACAUCAAAAGCAUCACACCGCAUACUGCUUCCCGUGGAACAACGGAAGAGCCUCGACGAUCGCCAGCAGGGUGAACGGUCGAGGCAGCUACUGUUUAUAACAGAGGCCUCAUCUAGGAU